AUGUCGGAGCAAACACAGGAGUUCUACGACGAAGUAUUCCACAAGGCUCAGGAGCUUUCUCGUAGAUGUUAUCAGAGGAUUCGUGAUAAGAAUAAAAAGCUUCGUUUGGAACUGAAGUGCAAGAUGUUUGAUCUUGACUUAGCAUCCAAGAAGCUGGAUGAACUAGCUUCAAAAAGUAUCUCCCAAGAAAGGAAGUAUGAGGAAGAGAAAGAACAGAAGGAGAAACAAGUCGCUCUAUUAUUUCACAUGUUAGAGCAGGAACUGAAUGCCAAGCAGAAGCUUGAGUUGGAAACGAAGCAGCUGCAGAGCAAAUUGGAAGCAGUGAAACCUAUGCAAGGUGAAGACUCUCAAUCAAAGAAGAAAAUGGCUGAACAGACUGAGGAGCUGCAAGAAAAAUAUGACAGAGUGGAAUUAAUUGUCCGGACUUUGAUUACCAAGGAAAGACAAUCCAAUGAUGAGUUACAGCUUGCUCGGAAGGCACUGAUACGUGGCUUCCAGGAUCUUACAACUGGCCGAACAUCUAUAGGCAUCAAAAAGAUGGGCAUGCUUAACCUGGAAUCACUUGAAAAAGCUUUCAACCAGAAAUUGUCAGAACCUGCUGAAUCAAGUUAUCAUGCUGCCUUAUUUUGUGAAAAAUGGGAGAAUGAGAUAAGAAAUCCAAAAUGGCACCCUUUUCAAGCUAUCAUGCUUGAUGGAAAAGAAAUGGAAAUUCUGUGUGAGGACGACGAGAAGCUCCGGGCUCUGAAGGAAGAACACGGCGAGCAGAUCUGUGACUUGGUGACAAAGGCUCUGCUCGAAGUCAACAAACACAAUCCCAAUGGGCGCUAUCCUUUCAGCGAGCUGUGGAACUACAAGGAGGACCGGAAAGCGACCCUGGAAGAAGUCGUCGCUUACGUCCAGAACCAAUGGCGAGUGGACAGGAGCAAGCUCAAGAGAAAGCGCGCCCAAGAAGAUGCUGGAAGUACUCAAGUGGAGGACAUCAGACGCUGA